AUGGUUUCUAUGGAGGAUUAUAAGAGACUUAGGGAGGAGAUUCAUCGCCUCCUCACUGAAGGGGAAAAUCUGAUGGAUGAUGAUGAAUUUCUGCUUGAUUUGAUCUCGUGUUCUAAUGAUUCAAAAGAUGUUCUGGAACUUGUAAGAGCUUUAAAAGAAGAGGGGAAUGUAUUGUACAAGCAAAGGAAAUUUGAGGAUGCAUUGGAAAAAUAUGGAUAUGCAGGACUAGUUCUUGCCCGAUAUGAAUUUGUGGAAAAAUCAGACAUGGGUGCGUGUUUUGAGUUGGCUAUUUGUGUUCUGUUAAAUUCUGCAGCGUGUUUUGGUAAGAAGAAUGAAUUUGAGAAUGUAGGCCGGAUUUGUUCAAUUAUAUUGGAAUUUGAACCAAGUAACGUAAAAGCUUUAUUUAGAAGAGCAUUGGCUGCUUUAGAGUUAGGGAGGAGCAUUUGGGCAUAUUGGGAUUUGUUAUUGGCAGUCGAGGUUGACCCUAACAAUCGAGAGGUUGCCUCUAAGCUUGAAGAGGUUAAAAGCUCUUUGCGCAAGGAAGAAUCAAUAAAACGCUCACAAAGUGUUGUCCCAUUAGGUUUAGGAUCAAGCCUUUCUCCUCCACGAAAGAAUACAAAAGGGAGUCUAAAGCAGGAGGCUGGAAUUGAACACAAAGAUAUGCAAAGGAAGGUUUCUUCUUCAGGUGCGACUGAUAAGCGCAAUCAUGAUGGCCUAACUAGCAUAGUGGGCUCAGGACCAAAAGGAUGUUCAAGUUUAAAGGGUGAAAAGACUCUAAACGAGAUAAAGAAGACGGUGAACGGAAAGAAUGAAGUUAAGAAAUCUAAUCUGAUGGAGCCCAAGUAUCGGUUUGCUAACCGACGAAGGUCGGGCUCCUUGAUGUCCAUUUCAAAGAAAGAUUAUAAUCUGCUAUCUACAGGAAAAUCUAUUCAGUGCAUGAAGCUGGGUUAUUUGAUGACUGUAAGAGUAGUGAUGGGUACAAAAGAAGGUAUAAAGAGAAAGGAUGUAUGUCAAGAAGAGAUUAUGGUUGCAUCUUCCGCUUCUGGUCAACCAAAUCGCAUUGGUGUAAUAGGAGAUACAUUUAUGGAGUUGGAAGAUCAAACGACAUGGAGUGUAACUCAGAUUCCCGUCGAGUCGCAAAAGGGAGAUGAGUACAAAGAGGAAGCGGAAGAUAAUGAAGCUAAAAAAAGUGUUAAAGAUAACAAGUAUCAUAAGGACACACUCAUGUCUGAGGUUAAGCGUUGUGCUUCUAAUAAUGUAGCUCGUGAGAUGAUGUAUGUUGGUAGUCAGGUUAAGGGUGCCCAUGAACUGACAACUGUUGUCAGCGAAAUGUCUGGGUCCUUUAGCUUCUCCUAA